GAAUAUGAAAAAUAUUCUUAUUGGUUUCUCGUGGUUUUGAAAGGCUUAGAAAUAUAUUGAGAAUUAAAGGAACUGAAGUGACAACAUAAUUUUUAAAUUUUAUAAAAUUACGCGCUACCCAACCACUUCGGUCGAAUGCUGUGCAGCUGAAGGUGAAGACGAUUUGCAAUUCUACUGCCAUUGCUGUUAUAGGAAGGGCAUUGUUUAAUAAUUAUUAUAGUAUUUUUGCUGGCAGAGUGCCUAGCGAUUUCUGUAAAGCUGGACAAGCUGGAAAGAAAGGUGAAAUUAACGAAUAUCACAAACUUAAGCAUUGACGAUGAGGAAUUUAUAUACAAUGUCACCGCUGACAUUGAGCACUUUAUAAACCAAAGGCAUAGCUCUAGGUGAGUAGAACGUUUGGCAAUGAGUAUAUCAUAUAUUAUGUAUGGCUUGGAGGAAACAACCAAGGUGUGGGAAAUAAGUGUUAAUUUUAUUGAAUUAUAUUUUUUCGGAGUUUGUUUAUUAUGAAAUUCCGUUGAUUUCAAUUAUUGACGUAUUAUCUGUGACAGUUUAUAUAUGUGCCUGUGUAUACACAAGAAAUUUUUUUGUUUAUUCAAAACAAGCGGAUAAGUUAAAUUAUUCCUCACACAAUAUCAAAAAGAAACUCUUCAGAGCGUGGAUGCCUAAGUUUUUCUGUGAUAUAUUAUUCGAUCAGUAAUUAACUCAAUAUACAUACGUAAAUUAAUUACACCCGCAUAUAUACCAGAAUACUUUCCAAAGAGUGGUAUGUAAAUAUACAUAUCUUGUGUAUUAAAAAUGUAAAAAAAAUCACGUUUCGCUCUAAUCGAAAUAGUGCCUAGGUUUUUAUGCAUCUUGCGUUACUAUUUUUUUGUUUUGUUUUUGUCCUACUUGUGGUUGAAUGAGCAGUUGAACACUUUUUCUUUGGAUGUGAUAUUUUCCUAAUGGAAUUCGUUACACGUUAUACUUAAACUAGUUCUAGUGACAUAGUUAUAUAUUUAUGAGAGGGUGAGAGAAGACUUUGUAAUACGGAAGACUGGAUGUGAAUCUGGUAUCAUGUUAAAAGUGGCCUCAUAUAUAUCUAUGCAUGUACUUGGAAUCAUUUGAUAUUCAAGAAAAGGUUUAAUUCAUAAACAAAUGAAAAUUUGUGUAAAAUAAGUGUUUUCUUUGCAACGCUUUUGCUUUACAAUGCUUUUGUUUUCCGCUUUUGAAUACAAUAACUAUUUAUAUAUUUAUGAGGUAAAUUAUUAUGUGUCCUAUAAGUAAAAAAUUUCUUCUGCGAUAACAAAUUUAGUGGUCAAGGGUCAACCAAAUAAAUAUGUUAAUUUCCUAAAUAGUUGAGUCAUACAUAAUAAUAUAUUAUCUAAUAAGUAGGGAUUUAGAAAAAAUUUUAUUUGCAGCUUCUUGAAGGUUAAUACGAUGGUAAAUUGUUAAAGCAUUUUAUUCAUCGCUCGAAAUGAUUCUUUUUUGCUUCAUUAAUGAAACAGUAGAUGAGAACAUGAUGGAAGGCGAAUCAAUUAUUUUUAGAACGAGGAGAGAUUUUAAAUUUUAUUAUAUGAAGUUUAGGAUCCUAAAUAUGGAACAUCUUAUUUUAAUUAUCCUUCGAAAUCUAAUUUGUAAAUCCUAUAUCCAAUUAAAUACCAUUCUAUUCACCACUUUCACCCCGCUUAACACUAUAGUAUCAACAUAAACUGCAAUGUUUACUUGAUUACAUAAUAUUCUCAUAUAUCUUUCUCUUCUGAUGUUACUCUUUCAUUGUUUAGGUAAUUUACUUACUUCGCCAUUCUGAUAUUAACCAGUUUUUGCAAUUUUUCUGUAAAUUUGCUAAAACUAUAAAAUCACAUAAAUUUCAGGAUCUAAAAUGUCUAAUUUGUUACGUAAAUACUUACUCUACUGAAACUUCUUUUAUCGUUACAAAAGAUUUGAAUAUAGUUCAAGCAAACGCCAUAGCAAAUAAACUUCGUGUCUAUGAUCUGUAAAUGAGUAUGUAUAUAUUUAUAUCGUAUUUAGGUAAGAAUAUUUGUCCAUAUUUUACAGUGUUCUACUUUUCCCACCUGUGAACAAUUUUCGACGUUUCCUUAUUCAUCAGGCAUGUGAGCAAUUUCGCCAGCAAUACGAUCUCUUCACUUUUUCCGUGGGGCAGGGGCCAUUCCGCCGCACUGUUGUCUGUUUUCGGAAUCAAUUAUUGGAUCCGAAUAAAUUUACAGAGUCGACGGCAGCAGCAAAUUUUGAGUCGCGAAAAAAGUCACCAGUGAAAAAUUGGCGCAGUGAGCGAAAAACUGCACAAAACACGCUUGGUAAGAUGGGUGUGGAGAAAAGUGGAAGUGAAACCCGCUUAUUUAAAACGAACUCAUUAGAUCUCUAUCGACCUCCUGCCUUAAGAAAUUAUAAUCAGAGUGGCGCUUCGGCUGAUGGUGUAGCUGCCACUUAUACACUCAGUCCAGCGGUGGCAGAACGUUCGUUUACAACAACUGCGGCUGACAAAACCACACUGUUAUCUACCUCAAUAUCAUGCAAUAAUUCUCCGACACAUGCAAAUGAGAACAACAGUUUUGAUAAUAAUGCAAUGACCUCAAGGUGCGUAAACGAGGACCGUGGCACAACAAAGACAACGACAACAAGUAUAUCGGUAAUUAAAUCAGAGGUAACAACAAGUGGCGGGGAUAUGCCAACAGCGCCAACGACAAGCACAGCAGUCAGUAGCAAAUCUGCCCAGCAAAGGCAAUCGUCAGCUGUAAGACGUGAACGUCGACCAGAUAGAGCGGUGUAUAUUCCAAGGGCACGGCGCAGUCAAACUACCCCGCCAACGACGCCAGCAGCUACACCUAUGGAAGUAACAGGGUUACAACAACAACAUAGCAAAACAAAUGAUAUCGCACCAUCGACUGCUUCGUUAGCUCCGAUGCCAUCAACGACUGCUUGUAAUAAUAACAACAAUAAUAGCUGCGGCGGCAGUAAUCAGCAGCGUUUGGCAAUUACUUCGGAGACAAGAGCGUCAGUACACACUACAGCGUCGACCAAGUUAGACGAUAUAUCUGGAAACAAAAGUGCAGGUAUUGCAGCUGUUUGCGCCGGAAAGAAGACGAAAUCAUCUACAGUAAACAAUCGCGAACGCAGAGAACGUUCUAAAAAAUCGACUCUUAUCGUUGAGGCUCAAGACGCGAAAAUAUCUAAAUUAUCAUCGGAGCGGACCGAAACGAAAACAAUACGGAACGGGCAUGAUUCAAUAUCACUUACCGAUUCGCGUGAUACUACAGCUGCUUUCAUAAGUCAACAAAAACAACUGCAUUUGAAUACUGAUAAUAUACAAAAUCUACUGUUAUUCGAACAACAAUCAACCGAAGAACAAAAAAUACCACCAGAAACCAUUGUUAACAACGAAAUGAAUACUAAUUCGAGCAGACGAAGUAAAAUGAAGCAAAGUAAUACUGAAAACGCAAGCAAAGUACAGAAUUUACGAAUAGAAGAUGUUGCAUCAACAGAAAAUGGUACAAGGAGUACAACUAAAUGUGAUGUAGAAGCACAAGAAUUCCAGCGAGCAUCAAAGGAAAUAAACCGUAGUAAUCGUCGGAUUAUUAAGCAAACAUUCGUCUCAGAUGUACUUGAAAUUCCCGAGAAAAUCGAAAAUGGCUUAGAAUAUGACAAGGGAUCCAAUCGAAGAAGUUCAAAAAAUAUUCCCGUUUCGACACCACAUCGCUCUGCCGUAGAUAGUACCACAGAAGAAGAGGAAGAAGACGACUGGGAAACUUUGUACGACGAUAGUGGAGAGUGUUUAGAUCCGAAAAUCAUGCAAGAACUCACAGCUUCGGUGGGAAAAGUGAAAAUCGAAUUGCCAAAAAUGGAUUAUAGUGCAUAUCUUACAAAGCAGUCUAUACUCAACGAUGAGGAAUUCCCACACGUACUUGAAGUAUCCAAUUUCCCUGUCGAAUUUAAGAAUCAUGACCUUCUUAUGGUUUUUUCCCAAUACAAGGAAUCUGGUUUUGAUAUUAAAUGGGUGGAUGAUACCCAUGCCUUGGCUGUGUUCAGCAGUUCCCGAAUUGCUGCUGAAGUUUUAACCAUGGGCCAUCCAUUCGUAGUACUUAAGCCAUUAGCGGAAGCUACAAUAGAAUCUCGCUUAAAGGCUAAGAAAUGUGCUGCAUCCCUGCAACCAUAUCGUCAAAGGCCCGAGACGUGUGCAGCACUCGCACGUCGCCUUGUUACCGGAGCUUUAGGUGUGCGCCUGAAAACAGCUGCCGCAGAAAGAGAGAAUGAGAAACGCGUACUACGCGAGGCCAAAGAACGUAAGAUGUUAGCAGCUAAACAGCGAGAUGAGAUAUGGGAAAGCUAGAUAUCAAUGUCUGCAAUAUAUUUGUGGUUCUAUUUCCUGCCUGCAUUCUAAAUAAUAACGGACUAUAAAUAAACAAUGAAAAUCGUUUGAAAUGCGAUAAAUUGUACUUGAUAUAUCUUUUUAAAGAUAUCCCAAUAAAAUAGUUAGUCAUAAGAAAGUAGUAGAGAACUUGUAAUAUAUAUAUCAAAAAGAUUCACAAGAAAGGGUAAUAAAUUUGCUCAAAGAACUAUUUUGUAAAUUAUUUAAAUUUGAGCAGUUUAUUUACAUUUAUUUGUGAGUACAUAAGUUAAAAUUUAUAUAAGAUGCCAAUGUACUGAGAACUGCAAUAUUGAAAACAAUAUAUGUAUGUAUAUUUUUGCAAUAUUUUAGUGGGUAAAUUACGAGUAAUGGGAAGAGAUCUAUACAAAAUACAUGCAAUUUAUGGAUGUAAGAGAUUUUAUUGUAUGUAUUGUACAUUUGUGAAGUUGUUUCUUUAUAAGAUAAUAUUUUGAAAAUAAAUCGUGAUAAAGC